UGUUAUUAUAGUAACAGCAAAGAAGCUCGUCGAAAUCAUCGGCGCAUAAACUCGCACAUUAUUUAGUGAAAUUCCCAUCUAAUAAAUAAAUAAGUUGUUUUCAUUUAUCCAUCCUUAUAAACCAUAUCGAAAAUGAGUGAAGUUGAAACUUUAAGAAAAGAAUUAUCGACGGCCCGGAAGGAAAUUCAAAAUCUCCGGAAACAAGUAACAAAUUUGACGUAUGUUCAUCAGAAAGACAUUCAAAACAUCAAAACCUUAAUUGAGAACUAUCGAUGUGAAAGUUGUAAAAAUAUCGAUAAUAUCAAACCGGACAUUUCUGAGACUCCCACCGACAACGAAAAUCUAUUUAAGCCUAUUGGACUCAUCAAAACAGUCUUUGCAGCUGGUAAACGGGCUGUCCCCAGACAACCAUCAAUAAAUAGACUUUUAGGACGUAUAGAAAUCAGUCAAAAUGUUUUCAACAAUCCUGAACAUUCGCUGGAUGGACUGAGUUCGUUUUCACACCUUUGGAUUAUUUAUCAUUUUCAUCGAAACGAGUCGCACUGUAAGGCUAAAGUAGCCCCGCCUCGAUUGGGUGGAAGUAGAGUUGGUGUCUUUUCAACAAGAUCUCCGCACAGGCCAUGUCCAAUCGGUUUAUCUCUGGUAGAAAUUGAUAAAGUUGACGACAGAUUUGUCUAUUUUUAUGGAACGGAUAUGGUUGACGGAACGCCAGUCUUGGACAUAAAACCAUACAUUCCAGCCUACGAUUGUCCAGCAGCCUUUAAUGCUACGAAUUUAGAACGUUCAAUAGAGCAUCGUAAUGAAAGUACAACUUCCUCCGACAGAGAGGAACCAGAUGGCGAAGAAAACUUCGGAGUUGCAACAAACCAGCUACCAGCUGCUUCUAGUUCAUCCGUUAAAGUUCCGAAUUGGAUAGACAAACCAUCAACACUAACUGUCAUUUUUACCGAUCGAUCAUCUGACCAACUCAGUCAAUUAGAAAUGAAUAAGAAUGACAUCAAACAAAUUCUCAGUCAGGAUCCUCGAUCCAUUUACUUACGUACAAAGCAUGGGUCACAAUUAUUUACGUUUCAAAUAUCAAAUGUAAUGGUAUCGUGCCAGUUCGACGAUGAAAAUGCUACGGUAACUGUCGUACAAAUAUUGAAAGCCGAACAGUUCGAUGCCGAAAUCUGUAAGGACGAUGAAUGAAAAUUUUACUUUCCCAAUUGUAGGCAGAUAACGAGUGUCGUCUAAUUAAUAUGGUAUAGUAGCUGCUAUGCUGUGAUAUUUAUAAUAAAAUGUGCUUCAGGAAGA